GCCAAGUGAAAUGUGAUGAUGUUACUUAGCUGACAUGCAAAGAUAGCGAAGAUGCUCCAUCAUCAAGGAACAAAGAAUCCAACCAAAAAACAGAAACGUUUCUUUAUUCUCUCUGUUGUAAAAUUCAAUUUCACACUGUUCAAUUUCCAAGAAUGGCUUCUCUUACGCCAAGAGUGUUAAUCAAGUUACUCGAGACGAUGAACACCAACAUCAAGGUACGAGGGGAAUAUAGGUCUGUUCUAUUGCAGGUAAUCAGCAUUGUCCCUGCUUUAGCUGGCUCGGAGCUUUGGCCAAACCAAGGCUUUUUCAUCAAAGUCUCAGAUUCUUCUCACUCCACAUAUGUCUCAUUGAGCAACGAAGACAACGAACUUAUCUUGAACAACAAACUGGGAAUAGGACAAUUCUUCUACGUUGAUAAGCUUGAUGCUGGGACACCUGUUCCUGUAUUGGUGGGAGUUAGACCGAUCUCUGGACGCCAUCCUUUUGUAGGAAAUCCCAAAGAUUUGAUGCAGAUGUUGGUACCAAGUGAGACAACACCUCGGGAAGAAGAAUAUCACAACCAGAAGAAGCAGAAAGAUGGUGCAAGAUCAAACAUAGUGGAGAAUAUAAGAAAACAUCAACCUUUUGUAAUCAAGGAAGAGAAGACAGGUGUGGCUUCACGUUAUAUGAAGGGUAUUUCAAAUUCAAAGGCAAGUGGAUCAGACUCAAGUAGUGGGGGUAGCAACAAUGAGGGUGAGACUGGAUCGAUAAUGGUGGCUAAGAAAGUUGGUGUAUUGGCUAAAGGGAAACAAAGGGAGCACAAAGAUCAGGCACGUCAAGCUGGUCCUUUACAAUGUCGGCCUGCGACAGCUCCAACAAAGGCAGAGCCAAAGAAACUCUCUUUGAGCUCCACUGUGAACUACAUAAACAGGAAGAGUAAUUCUGCUGAGGAUGCAUCAUGGAGCUCUCUGCCUGUUAGUCUAUCAAAAUUGGGUAAAGGAAUGCUGAGAAGGAGAAAUUUAGCUGCUCUCAUAGCCGCAGAAGUGCAAAGAGAGGCAUUGGCUGCUUCACAUCUCAUCAAAUGCAUCAGUAUGUUUGCUGAACUCAGCUCAAAUGCUUCACCAAAGAAUCCACAUACCUCUCUCAGAAACUUCUUCACCCUCCAGAGUAUCCUUGACCAAGUACAGGUUACAGUUGUAGCAUCGAAAGAUAAAUCAUUCCAACCGGUGAAUAUUCAUUCGUUAUGGAUGGAACCUGAAAAGUUGAGCAAAAAAGCUAGUCUAUCUUCAAGCAGAGCCACAAUGAAGCCUUCAAAAGCUCUAACAGAAGCCGAAAAGCUAGAAUGGGUUAAGGGAAAUGGCACAGAAGAAAUAAAAGAACUGACAAACACUUUGAAACGAGAAACAAGAAGCUGGUUUUUGAAAUUCUUGGAAGAUGCAUUAGAUACUGGAUUACAUGCUACUGUUCCGGAGAAGAAAGGAAAAACCAAAGGAGCGCGACUAGCGGAACCAGAUAAUCAUAUUGCCGAGACUUUAUCCCAACUUAAGCAAGCAAACGAAUGGCUGGAAAAAGUUAAAAAUGACAAUCUCUCUAGUGAUAAUUCUUUGUUAGAGAAUAUAGAACGAUUGAAGAAGAAAAUAUAUUCUUGCUUGCUACUUUAUGUGGAUUCAGCUGCAUCAGCUAUUGGAGUAUAACCACGUGAUGGAAAAUACAACUGAUAUGGUGUGAUAAGUUGCCUAGCAGCAAUGAAUUAACUUUACACAUCAAACUAGAAGAUAAGCUAUAUACAUUGUGUGCGCUUAUUUAUUGUGUAUAAUUGAAAAAGAAACCAGACAUAUGCAUAUAUAAUGAAGCCUAGUUUCUGUGGUUCUGCGAAACGAUUUUAAGGUUUGACAAAGAUCACUUGGCACAUAUGUUUGACAA